UCGAAAGCUGGCAAAAAUAGCAUUUAUCAAAUUUUACUUAUCUUAUCGAAUUAUUAUAUAUAUCAAUAAUGGAGUUCAUACUGCAUAGUUUACCGGUUUAGUGUACGUGUUGUGGCUUAAAUUGAUUUAGUUUCAGCAGUCGUAAAAUAAGUCCACAGUGUUACUGUGUAAAUCCAACAGAAUAAUAUUAUUUUAAAUUUUAGUUUUUUUCUGUAACUUAGCGAUUGUUUGUGUAUUCAAUUCAAUUUAUUAUGGAACCAUUAGCUACAGGAAUGAAUUCGAGCACUGUUUUGAUAUCCAGACAAAAAUUAUAUGAUAUAAUUAAAAGUUCUGGAUGUGAGACUAUUGAUGAAAAAUUUAAUUUGAUAAAAAUCGAAAUAGAAAAACGAGUGAAAAACUGUGAGCAAAAUGAUUUGAAAAAAAAAUUGUCUUAUUUCAAAUCUGAAUAUAAAUCUCGUUGGGAAAAGGCACAUAGAGUGGAAGAACGAUUUAUUAUAGAAAAUAAAAACUGGUUAAAUGCUUCUAUUAAAUUUAUAUCUUUAAAUAACCAGAAUAAUCGUGGUCGUCCAGUAGUGGCAUUUGAGAUGAGUAGUGAACGAAACAAGCGGAAAAUAACUCAAGAACUGAGAAAUAAUACGUCUGUUAAUGUGUUAAGUCAUGCAACACAGAUGAGCUUAAGAGCAUCGGGACAAGUUGAAGCCGCAAAGUUACUGAAGGAAAUAACUACAUCCACCCCCACACGUGCAAGUAGAUAUAGAAAAGUAUUUAAGAAGCAGUCUGCACAAGCACCUAAAUAACUAUCGGGUGAAGAUGCUCUAGCUGUUAUAGUAGAUGCAAAGCUAUCUAGACAUCAGUACAAUAUUAUUCGCAUGAGUGCCCCAGAUAAAUUUCCAUCAUACAAAGUCGUACAAGAAAGUAAAAAACAGUGUUAUCCAAAACCAGAAAACAUACAAGUAACUUCUACAAACGCAGAAGUUUCUUUACAAGCAUUACUUGAUCACACAGUAGAACGAUUAUUUUUAGUGCAAAAGCCUGUUAUUGUCUUACUCCAAGAAAAUGAAUUAGAUAAGUUCGUUUUGUAUUCAAAAUGGGGCUUUGAUGGCAGCUCUGGACAUAGUUCAUAUAAACAAGCUUUUUGUAGUCCCGAAGCCAGUGAUUCGGCUGUAUUUAUUACAAGUAUAGUUCCACUUCGCUUGGUAAACGGUGACCAAAUUAUAUGGCAAAACCCACGUCCUGCAUCAACUAGAUAUUGUAGGCCUAUAAAAAUUGAGUUUAUAAAAGAAUCUACAGAUACAUCUAUAGCUGAGAAAGAAAAAGUUCAGAGUCAAAUAAAUAAGUUAAUAAAUAGUAUUGUGACUUUUGAUAACAAAUCAUUUAUUGUAACUCACAAUUUGAUUUUAGCAAUGGUUGAUGGGAAAAUAUGUAAUGUACUCACUGAUACGUCAUCAACACUUAAAUGUUUCUUGUGUGGUGCAACAUCGAAACAGUUUAAUUUAAUUGAUGAAAUGGUUAAACGAGAGGUAAAAACUGAUAAUUUAUCUUUUGGGAUAUCAGUUUUACACGGGUGGAUUCGUUUUUUCGAAUGUCUCCUUCAUUUGUCUUACAAAUUACCACUUAAAAAAUGGCAAGCUAGAGGAGAUGUGGAAAAAAAAAUUGUUUCAGAAAAUAAGUUAAGAAUUCAAAAAGAAUUCAAAGACAAAUUAGGAUUACUUGUAGAUAAACCCAAACCAGGAUUUGGAAAUUCUAAUGAUGGGAACACAGCCAGACGUUUUUUCCAAAAUUCAGAAAUAUCUGCUGAAAUCACAAAAUUAGACGUAGAAAUAAUAGAAAAAAUACAUAUAGUAAUGAUAGUAGUAGCAAGUGGACACGAAAUAAAAAUCAAUGAGUUUCGGGAAUACACGUAUAAAACUGCAAAAUAUUUUGUUGAGAAGUAUCCGUGGUAUAAUAUGUCACCCACGAUGCACAAGUUUUUUAUACAUGGACCAGAGAUAAUUGAAUCGGCUUUGUUGCCAAUAGGACAGUUAACUGAAGAAGCCCAAGAAGCGCGAAAUAAAGAUUUCAAAAGAUAUCGAGAGCAUAACUCUAGGAAAUGUAGUCGUGAAAAAACUAAUUUAGAUAUAUUAAAUUUAUUUUUAUUAAGUUCAGAUCCAGUAAUUUCAAGUAAAAGAAAAUUACUGAAGAAAAAAACACAAUCAAUGCCAAUUGAAGCACUCGCAUUACUAAAAUCACCUGAUAUCCGAGUCUCUCUUCAAUAUGCCAAAGAUACCGAUGAUGAUGAUGAUGACGACAACGAUAAUGAUGAUGAUGAUAACGACAACGAUAAUGAUGAUGAUUAUGACGAAGAUAAUGACAGCAACGAAGACAAUGAAGACAAUAACCAUGACCAGUUUUAAACUUAAAACUUAAAAUAAUACAUUUUUUUAAUUUUGUUAAUAAAUUAAAUAAAUAAAUACCGUACAUACUUUAUACCUUAUGUUAAUACUAUGUAAACGACUUUGUAUAUGU